AUGAUUUCACUUCUAUCUUUGAAAUUGCCUCAAACGCUCUGUCGGGUGGUUUUGUUUGUGGCCGCUGUGGUGGCAUUCUUGGUCUUUCUCACCAUGAACACGAAUGACAGCAUAGUUUCUGCCAGCAGCAGCUUGCGUACUGUUCUAUCCAAAUUCAACACAUCCAUAUAUUAUGACCCCUCGUAUGGCUACAAAAUCGCUCCUGGUGCGGUUCUGUUUCUGUUUGUGCCCAAGAGGGGCACCAAGGAUUCACCUAAGGACGUUUUGAAAGAAAACACGGCUCUUUACGAGAGUGUAAUGGCUCAAGAAAUCGGCGAGCCCAAGGACUUCGAUAUAGAUAGCAUCCGUCCUCCGGAAAAUGUCACAACAUAUCAAAGAGAAAAUGCCACCAUAGUUGCUCUUGUCCGAAACAACGAAAUCAAAAAGAUCCAGAGAACAAUCACCCAGUUUGAAGAGAAAUUCAACAAGAAGUUCGGGUACCCAUACACUUUCAUAAAUGAUGAACCUUUUACAGAAAGGUUUAUGGAGAAAGUAAGAGGAUUUACCUCAGCUCCAGUGUCGUUUGUCCAUCUCGAUCCUCAGGCAUGGAACAAGCCCGAAUGGAUCGAUACCGAACGUGAAUGGAGAGAAAUGAAUCUUCUUGCUAACCAGAAUGUGGCAUAUGCUAAGAAAGGAUCGUACCACAACAUGUGUCGUUUCUACUCGGGACCCUUUUUCGAUGUCCCCGAAAUGCGCAAGUAUAGAUAUUACUGGCGUAUUGAACCCAACGUUAAGUUUUUUACCGAUGUCAACUACGAUGUAUUCAAAUAUUUGGCGGGAACAGGAAAAAUAUAUGGCUUUACCAUUAGCGUCUACGAUAUACAUCAGACAGUGAGGACACUUUUCCCGGAAACUCUCAAGUUCCUAAACAAAGGCGAUAACUACAAGUACGUCAAUGAAAACGGAGCAUUCCAGUGGAUUACGGAAAACAAGCAGUUGCCCGAGAAGGCGAUUUACACAGGCGGAUACUCCACAUGCCAUUUCUGGUCCAACUUUGAAAUGGGCGAUAUGAAUUUCUUCAGAGAUGAAGCAUAUAGUAGUUGGUUCAAGCACUUGGACGCUACAGGAAACUUCUAUUAUGAACGAUGGGGUGACGCGCCCGUCCACUCUCUUGGGUUGGCAUUAUUCGCGGAUAAACGCAAAAUUCACUGGUUUAGGGACAUUGGCUAUUACCAUGAUCCAUACAUGCACUGUCCUAAUACGCCAUCUCGUAAAGGCUGUGAUGUCGGCCACUUCGGCCCAAACGAGCAAAGCUUGUCACAAAACUGUAUGGCUACCUGGAUUCGAUACGAGAUCGACGACCUUAGCUCCAUAUAUUAG